AUGAAUUCUCUGCGUCAUCUGAUGACGUUUGGGUUCUUGCUUCUGGCUGUCUCGCCAGUUCAGGCGCAGAGCUCGACGACUCCAAGUUUACCUGGGUAUCCGGAUUGUGCAGCAGGAUGCAUCAUCACCGCUUUCGCAGGCGGGUUGUGCGCCCCCAAGAACCAGACAUGUAUCUGCACCAACGAGCAGUUUCAGCAGAACGUCACAGUCUGCGUCACCGUAAGCUGUACAAUACCAGAAUCACUGAUGACGAGAAACUCCAGCCUGACCAACUGCGGCGCGCCGGUUCGCGACCGCUCGCAAGAAUACGUCGUCAUCUCCAACAUCAUGGCCGCCCUCGCGGCAGCCUUCGUCGCGAUCCGAUUCGGCUACAAGAUCUUCAUCGCUAGCCUGGACCUCGGCAUGGACGACUGGUUUGUCCUCGCAACCAUGGUCGCCUGCAUUCCCAGUGCCGUCAUCACGGCAAAGGGCACGACGGUCAAUGGCCUGGGCAGAGAUAUCUGGACCCUGACGUCGACGCAGAUCACAAAGGUCCUGUCGUACUUUUACAUCAUGGCCUGGCUAUACUUUUUACAGACGGCGCUGGUGAAGCUAUCCAUAAUUACCUUCUACAUGCGUAUCUUCCCCGCGAGGGAAGUCCAGCGCGUGCUCUGGAUCACCUUCAUCUUCACCAGCGCCUGGGGCGUCGCGUUCGUCUUUACAGCUAUUUUCCAGUGUCGCCCGAUUCCCUACUUUUGGAAGCAGUGGGAUGGCAUGCAUAAAGGGACUUGCGCCGAUGCGAAUGCUAUAACUUGGUCGAACGCGAGCAUGAGCAUUGCGCUGGACCUGUGGAUUCUGGCCAUCCCCCUUUGGCAGCUGCGCAGUCUGAAGUUGCACUGGAAGAAGAAGGCUGGGGUAGCUCUCAUGUUUUGCGUGGGAACACUCGUCACGGUCGUCAGCAUCCUCCGCCUUCAGGCACUCGUCACGUUUGGUACAUCGCCCAACAAGACGUGGGAGUUCUACGACGUCUCUGUCUGGUCGACCAUCGAGAUCUGCGUCGGAAUCAUGUGCGCCUGCCUCCCGCAGCUCCGGAUGGUGCUCGUCAAGCUGUUCCCCGUACUCGCCGGUACGACACAGCGCAGCAAGGGCAAUCAUUAUUACCAGUACGGGAGCGGAGUGCGGUCCAAGACGGCGGGGACUCAGGGACGGACUGUUGGCACGGUCAGUACGAGUACUGAGAGACCAAACUCGGAGCAGGGGGCUGAGAGUUCUGGGAUCGUUUUCCAGAAGAGUUACACUGUGCAGUAUAGCGAGAGCGAUGAGAUAAGUCUUGUGGAUAUGACGAAUUCGGGGACAGGGAAGAAGCGAUGA